UAUAUCAUAUCAAACUAAUUAAUUCAACAAAACCACCAUUUCCUCAUCAUUAUUUAUUUUAAUUAUCAUGCUUUCAAUCACAACAUCAUCACUAGCGACUAAGCCAACCACAAUUCAAAUCAUCAUCAUCAUCAUCAUCAUGUUCAUCCUCCUCCUAUAUUGAUCUUCCAAGCCUCUCACUCACACCCUCUUUUCCAUACACAUGGCCAAACCCAAAGGCUCUUCAAAACCCAAAACCUCUAUUUUUCUAUGCUGCUUUGGGUCCUCUUCCCGUUCCAGUAAGGAAUCAUCACCCACAAAAGGAUCUUAUGAUCCUAUUAUCUCAAAGAUGAAGAAGAAAAGUACUUCUACUAGUUGGUUUUCAUGGCGAAGGAUUCGAUUAAUCAACAAGAACUCAGCUACUUACAAAACGGUGCCGCUUGAAGCCUCAAAUAUCUCUGAUAAUCAUGCUCAUUAUUCCAAGUCCAAGUCAAAGUCAACCCUUCACCAUAAACCUCAAGCUCCGGCUACCAAUCCGCCCCGGCCGCCGUCGCCACAGCCGGCUCCAGUGCCAGCACACAGAAAAGGGCCUGUGGUUGGCGUGUCGGUGGUGGUGGUCACUUUGGUAAUUAUGCUAUUUUGGGGUCGUUUAUGCGCAAUCCUAUGCAUUUCGGUGUGGUUAUAUUGUACUCGGCGUUUUAGGAAGAACGAUGAGGAUCUUCAAAGGAGGAAAUCGAAGAGGGUGGAUUUGGAUUUGGAUUUGGAUUCGGAGGAGUACAAGAAAAAAGUGAUAAUGGAGGGUCUUCUUGGGAGAAAUCACAGACCUAUUCUAUCAACUCCAAUUAGGUAGCUAGGUAUGGGUGUCUGCUUCCCAUUUUGUCUAUAUAACAAAACAAUUGUAAAUUCACCAAUUUUUGUUACUCUAAAUAGAAAACAAAAAGGCUUACCCUAUACAUAUUAAACUAAUGAAUGUAAAUUACUUUUUUUUGUUUUCAUUAUUGAGUGUAGCAACUCAACCAUUUAAACCAAAUGGACAAGAUCAGCUGUAGUCUGUAGAGACCAGAAUCCAGCCUGAGGGUAUUUAUUAAUUAAUUUCUUUAUUAAGCAGA